AUGUUGUCAGGAAACAGAGCUUCUUGUCGGAAUCAGAGUCGCAAUCAAAUUCUAAUCUUCUAUCUAUCUAUCUUCUUAUCUAUCUAUCCAGAGAAAUCUAUCCAUUAUAUCUAUCUAUCUAAAAUGUCAUCCAUCCAUCUAUCUAUCUAUCUAUCUAAAUCUAUCUAUCUAUCAUCUUCUGCUUCAUCUAUUCAUCUAUCUAUCCAUCUAGACAUCUAUCAUCCAUCCAUCUAUCUAUUCAUCUAUCUUCUUUCCAUUCAUCCAUCUAUCCAUCUAUCUAUCAUCUAUGGAUCCGAUCUAUAUCUAUCUAUCUAUCUAUCUAUCUAUCUAUCUAUUCUGCUUCAUCUAUCUAUAUCUAUCUAUCUAUAUAUAUAUUAUAUAUAUAUAUAUAUAUAUGCUGGUCCAGCUAUCUAUCUAUCUAUCUAUCAUCUAUCUAUCUAUCUAUCUAAAUCUAUCUUAUCUAUCUAUCUAUCUAUCUAUCUAUCUAUCUAUCUAUCUAUCUAUCUUCUGCUUCAUCUAUCUAUCUAUCUAUCUAUCUAUCUAUAUAUAUAUAUAUAUAUAUAUAUAUAUAUAUAUAUAUAUAUAUAUAUGCUGGUCCAGCUAUCUAUCUAUUAUCUAUCUAUCUAUCUAUCUAUCUAUCUAUCUAUCUAUCUAUCUAUGUUCGUCUUUCUUUCUUUCUUUCUUUCCUUUCUUUCCUUUCUUUCUUUCCUUUUUUUCUUUCUUUCCUUUCUUUAUAUCUAUCUGCCUUUCGUUCUUUCUUUCUUUAUAUCUGUCUUGCUUUUUCUUUUUUUCUUUCGUUUUUCUUUAUGUCUCUCUGUCUUUCUGUUUUUAUGUCUUUCUUUCUUUUUUACGUCUGCCUGUCUUUCUUUCUUGAUGUCUGUCUUCUUUUCUUUCUUUCUUUCUUUCUUUCUUUCUUUAUCUAUUUCUUUAUUUCUUUAUUUUUUAUGCCGGUCUUUCUUAUUUUUCUUUCCUUAUGUCUAUCUGUCUUUCUUUCUUUCCUUCUUUCUUUCUUUAGGUCUGUCUUUCUUUAUGUCUAUCUGUCUUUCUUUCUUGAUGUCUGUCUUCUUUUCUUUCUUUGUAUCUUUUUUCUUUAUGUCCGUCUUUCUUUCUUUCUUUAUGACUAUCUACCUAUCUUUCUUUCUUCCCUUCUUUCUCUAUAUUUAUCUGUCUGCCUUUUUUCCUUCUUUAUGUUUAUCUGUCUGUUUGUCUUUCUUUCUUUCUUUCUUUCUUUCUUUCUUUCUUUCUUUCUUUCUAUUUAACACCAGUCCUUUUUGCACUUCAGGCAAAAUAAAAAACCUCGUCACGGACAGAAAUCACUGA